AUGGUAGUGGAGGAAAAGGUUGAUGGCAGAGAAUGCGGGGUACAAACUGGUGCUUUGAACGCGUCAGCGCAUGCAGUCGGCAGCGGACCCUCGAGCCUGAUCCCCAAAGCGCAUAUCCGCUUUGUGCAUGGCAUCAUGUUAGCUCCAUUAAGGGCAUCAAUUUUGUAUGAGCCACAGAGUGAGGCACGCUUUAACUCAUCUGAUGCGUGUAUCCCCCAACUAAUUUCCGUUGCAUGUAGUACCUGCGCGCAUAACUACGGGGAGUACAGCAGACAUACCGGCAUGGAGGAGGGCAUUGCCUUGAAGGCUACAAGCGCUGCAAACAUUGGGGGAAUGGAGACUGGGGUGUAUGCCUCCCCGAGGGCAUGCUCUGCAGACCCUAAGCAGAAUGGAGCAACUGCGCUCACAGAAGAUUCGUCUCGCCAGGGAAACCGUGGAGGCAUCCACAGGUAUUCCUUAGAGAGUCCCCAUGUGGAAUCAGUGAAACGCAUUAAUCAGCAGUCUGGGGGAGCUGGAAGAGAUGUGGAUGUAUCUCCGCAGGAUGAAGCUACAGGGAUGCGGGUCGACUGCCUCGUUGAUGAGCGAGAAGCACCUCUGGGAGCGCCACCACAGGGUGUGGAGUGUUCUACAGCAUCCAGUAUUGAGAUUGCCUGCCGUCAGACGUUUAUAUUUGGAAAUUAUAAGGCGGGGAUGGACAUGACAGAGGAGGAGAAGGCAAAGAUAGCAGCGCGUAUCUUCGAGCUUUCCAAGAAUUCGCCUUUUUUUGCGAAUGAAAUGAGAAAAAGCAAGCAAAUGGAGCAACAGUUGGUCGUAUUAAAACGCCGCGUGCAGCUAUUUGCAUCUUCUGGUGGCUGCCCCACCGCGUCUGCGGCCGCUCGCCGCGUGCUGCAGCUGCUGCAUCUGCAGCAGCAGCGGGAGGCUGGUCGAAUGUAUGUACACCUGGAUAUGGACAUGUUCUUCUGUGCAGUGGAGAUGAGAGAUAACCCUUCGCUGGCUUCUGUGCCAAUGGCUGUUGGCUCAAUGUCUAUGCUGGCCACGGCAAAUUACGCAGCUAGGCGUUUCGGUGUGAGGUCUGCAAUGCCAGGCUUCAUUGCCAAGCAGCUCUGCCCGUCUCUAGUUAUAGUGCCCCCAAGCUUUAGCAAGUAUCGGGCAGCGGGGGAGGUUGUAAGGCGCGUCUUAGAGAAGUACGACCCAACUUUCUCCUCCCAUUCGCUUGAUGAAGCCUCUCUGGAUGUAACGGACUACUUAAGGUAAAGGCUAGUCCAAGACAACACCGAAUCAGGGGCACACUCUCCAGUGUGCAUCUCGCAAACGGAAGAAGGGACCCAAGACUCAUCAACCGCGGCAGAUCCGGUAACGGCGCUUGUGACGGAGAUUCGAGCCGCUGUUUCUGCUGCCACAGGACUCAGCUGCAGCGCUGGUGCCGCCUCGAGUCGCUUGGUAGCUAAGGUCGCAUCAGAUAUGAACAAGCCUAAUGGGCAGAAGAUCGUGCCACUCGCUACAGCAGCAGCACCAUCACUACCACCAGAAGCAGCGGCAACAGCAGCAUUCCUGGAGCCUUUAAGCAUACGGAAACUGCCCGGUGUUGGGAAACACAGAGAAAAGAUGCUCAAUGCCCUGGAGAUUCACACGUGCGGAGAGCUGCUGCAGCAGGCCCCUCUUCUGCUGCAUCUACUGCCCCGCAUUACAGCGGUCCAUCUCCUACGUCUUGCUUUGGGGGUGGACGGGAUGCCGCCCGAGCUCCAGCAGCAGCAGCAACAGCAGCAGCAGCAGCAGAGCAUUAGCUCGGAGGAGACGUUUGCUGCAACAAACGAGCCUCCAGCCAUGCGGCGAGUGGUGCACCAGCUGGCAGUAGCGGUUGCCGAACAGCUGAGAGAGCAGGGACAGGAAAGCGACCAUAUAACCCUUAAAAUAAAACUCGCGGACUUCUCGCUUCGAACAAUUUCCCACAGGCUACUGCAACACACUGACGAUAGCACAGCAAUCGCGACUGCAGCACAGGGCUUGCUACAGUCCUUCCUCCGGGGGCAGCAACUCAAACAGCAAGCAAACGGAACCAGCAGCAACACCGGACAGACGAGAAGAUCAGGAGCAUGGGUGAGAUUAUUAGGCGUGCGGUGCGCCGGUCUUCGACAGGCUAAGGCACGGAGCAGUGGGCUGCGAAGGCUAGAAGAGUUCUUCUUGCAGCAGCGACAGCCACUGCAGAAAUAUGCUGAAAGUGCGGCAACAAGUGAUACAGACGCCGCAGGGGAGGGGGGUUGGCGCAACGAGGACGAGGAACUUGACGAUCUUCUCGCUGUCAUUUCGCAGUAUGAAAACGAGGGGCAGCCCUCACACGCGGCAGUAGCACCAAUACCAGCACAGUCAGAGACAGAUGAGGCACCACGAAGGCCUGCGGUGCUCGAGUGCCAAAAGGCGGAUGGCGCGCAUGUCAAUAAGGCAGAGGCAUUAGGAGUGGCUGCACCCGUAGCAAAAACAUUGGGCCCGAUCGAUAUGGCUGCUGCACGAGAGGAGGCACGACAGCGGAGCUCUCCCAGCAGCAGGAAGCCUUCAGUAGAGGUAGCGGGGAAGAGCAACAUCAGCACCUCCACCACUCCCACCCAACAGCCGGACUCUAAACAGCUGCAUCUGAGUGCUACUCGACACCAGCACCACCAAGACAACCACCCGCGCCAGCGCCGUCGUUGUCCUUCCCCUCCAAUCCACCAGCGGCUUAAGCAGCAAAAACGCCAAAAAAUGGCGCAGCAGCAUCACCAACAAUUGCUUGCCCUCUUCAAGGGCCCCCGGAAGCAACGGCAGCAGCCUCAAGUAAGUCAACGGCCAUCUCCGCAACAGCACUGCCCGAAGGACGCUCCCGAGAGUAGGCCAAAGGUGAUCGAGAUAGUCAGUGACUAG